AGAUUAUCGGAAUUGGGCGGGGCUUCAGCGGUCACCGGAGAUAAACACUCGCAGGACUCCAGUCCACAUCAGUUUUGGACGCUUAAACUUUCAAUGAGGGCAAAGCAGACUGUCGUUGGGAGCCACAGACCGCAUGUGUGCGGUGCUGUCUCUUUAAACCCGCCCGGUGUGAAAAGUUCAGUCAAGAGGGCGGUGAGGAGGAGAGUUCUGCGCGGUUUGGUGCAGAGAUCAGCGUCUGUUAUCGCGAGCGCAGCGCGGCAGAUGGCUGGCGACGGCGGCGAGGCCAAACGCCUCCCAAAGAGACCGUUUCACGGUGAAGUAGAGGAGAACUCCAGCGCGAACAUUGAUCAAACCGUCAAGAUUCGGCCCGGGAAAAAGACUCCGGGUGAACGGCGCGGUAAAGAGAACUCUACCGUCAAGUGUACGGGUCUGACAAGCGGCUCUGCAGAGGUGAAGAUGGACCAGACCGUUCACAGUCCCCAGACGCGAGAGGACCCGAGCAUUUUCUUCGACGAGGACAGCAAUCACAUUUUCCCAGUGGAGCAGUUUUUUGGGAACCUGGAUGUUGUUCAGGAUUACCCACGCAGAACCCCAGGAAGCAAGAGAAUGAGUCGGAGAGAGUACAGGAGCAUGCAUUACUAUGCCAAAGAGGACAGUGAAGAUGAGCAUCUAUGAGCACACGAUCCCUAUCCCUCUGAAACUGUAUCAAACUGUCUGCCACAGUUUUGACCUGAAGCCUGCAAGAGUUCGACUGACCUGGGAGGAGUUUUACAGUAUGCUGGUAAAAUGGACUUGAUUGUUUUAAAGCAAGCUAUUUUAUUCCAAGAUCCUUCUCAAUUAUAAUGUUUGAGCUACACUGAGAUGCACUGCGUUGAUUUAUCAGUAAUGUGUUCUUACAAAAUUUUAAUGAGGUACGUUAUCAAUGGCAAAAAUGUUAGUACAUCCGUAAUUAUAAACUUCAGACCAUUAUACGUGUGCUGCAUUAAUGGAAUGUACAGUAAGAGGGUUUUGUGCUAGACUUAAGGCUAAAAUGAUCAUGUGAUUGGGGCUUGUGCUGAAAGAAAGUUAUAUAAUAUAUGGAAAAGUCUCUUGACACAGUGUACCAUAAUGGUUGAUCUGGCAGCACUGACCAGCACACUGGGUUUUCUACCACUAGUCCUUACUAGGCUUUAAAAAAAAAUCAACAAACAUAAUGUUAUCAGAGUCAAGUGCCUCCAGUUUGCUAUUCAGACUUUGAAACAUUCUGAAUUUGGCACUUUUAAACAUUCUCUGUUGAGAAUGAAUAG